AUGUCGACUGCCUAUCUGCUAAGAAAACUUAUCAUUCCCGCUGGCGCGACUGCGCAGGAAGCGCACAGAAUGAUUGAGGGGGCGUUCAAGGGGAGCACUCGGCGGCCUGCUGGCCCUCGGACUGCCGGCGAGGAUAGCGGGGAGGCUGGGAUUGGAGAGGAUGAGGAUAAGGAGGAUGAGGAUGAUGAUGAUGAGGAGGAGGAUGAUAAUGAUCUGGCGGGAUUUUCGGCCUCCGAUUGGGAGUGGCUGAACCUGCUCAGCAAGUUCCAUUGGGCCAGACACUUCGGUUUCGCCAACGAAGACACAAUCAGGGGUAUCUUGACGAGGGCGUUGGGUCACGGGGUGACCGAGCCGGCUGGCGCGUUGGCCUACCACAUCGGGGUCGAAAAGGUAAUGGCAUGGAACCGCCAGUGGCAGUGCGAUGUGCUCACCCGCCUCACCCACCAUGUGGAGGAAAUAUGUGCGCACGAGCCCGACGCCUUCAUUGGAUUAACGAGCGUGGAACUGAGAACGGAUUUCUUCGACGGCUUCGACAUGUCCGUGGCGAAAGACGUAUUCCGGGUCCUGAACCGCGAGAUAGAUCUUGACAGGAUCUUCGACUCGGCCGCCAGUUCGCUGUACUGCACUCAGUUCGCGAAUAUGGCCGCGUACAUCUACGAGUACCGAGUCGCGCCGAGUGCAGUCCCGUCGACCGCCAGCGAGGAGCUCAUCUUGCGCAACUUCCAGGACAUCGCCAAGGAGCCGAUAUUCGACUUGAUUGGGAUCGCCGACAUCCCACUGCGCCCGCGCAAACGCGCAAACACUGUCUACAGGAAGGCGUGGAGCCGCGUUACAAUCUCCGCUCGCGAUCCUUCCUUCCGGUUUUUCCGCACCCCCGAAGGAUACAUGUCCCGUGCUUCCGGAGAAGACUCGCCCGUGAGCGAGAGGAACGACAUGGAAUCGCAUGAUGUGCGCACGCCGAACCAACGCGGAUCGAGGGAUGCCCUCACCGCCGCCAACCUGAGGUUGCUCGAGCAGGCGGAGGAGGUGCAGGAAAGCCCGCCGAUGAGCGACGAAGCCGGGGAGUGGAGCGAAACCCGGGAAGAUGAGGAGUCGUGUCCAGAGGGGCACUGUAUGUGCGGGUGGUGCAAGGAUGAGGAGAUAGAAGAAUAG